AGACCUUUGCUCUUUGCUCAUUACUGUUACAAACUUCCGAACGUGGAUGUACUUCAGGAAACAUGGAUCAAGUGGGGAACAAGUAUUUGUGGCAGGAUUAUUUCAGGUGUUGUUGCUGUGCGCCCCUCAAUGAACAUGCAAUUUGAGGAUGGUAUAUUCAUCAAAGAUUACAUCAAGAUGAUGGCGUAUAUGAUCGUGUUGUGUUCUACACUGGCAAUUUCAUUAUCGUUCUGGGUCCUGUCUAUAACUGCCAGCACUUACUACGGUACUCUGCAGCCAGUCUCACCAUGGCGGUGGCUGUUCUCAGUGCUGGUCCCGCUUUUCAUCACAUUUCGAGCCUUUAAACGUAGGAGUCUUGAUCAUGGUGGUGCCAUAGGAGCGAUGCUGGUUGGCUUUGUUCUUACUAUGGCCAACAUGAGCUUUUUUGCAGCUUUGUUCACCUUUUUCGUCACAUCCACCAAACUAACCAAAUGGAAGGGGAACAUCAAAAAACAAAUUGACUCUGAUUACAAAGAAGGUGGCCAGAGGAACUGGUUGCAAGUUUUCUGUAAUGGUGGAGUUCCUACAGAAUUGGCCCUGCUAUAUAUGAUCGAAGCUGGUCCUGGAGAAAUACCUGUGGAUUUUGGGAAGCAAUAUUCUGCUUCAUGGAUGUGCUUAUCCCUAUUAGGAUCCCUGGCUUGCAGCACAGGGGACACCUGGGCUUCUGAGGUCGGUCCUGUGCUUAGUAAGAGCACGCCCAGGCUCAUCACCUCAUGGAGAGAUGUCCCACCAGGUACCAAUGGCGGAGUCACUCCUGUUGGAUUAGUGGCCAGUGUUUUGGGUGGAGGCACAGUAGGUGUAGCGUACUUCUUCAUGCAGCUCCUGUUGGUGAAAGAUUUGCAUCUAACAGUUCCUCAGUGGCCUAUCAUCUUGUAUGCAGCAAUAGCUGGCCUGUUUGGAUCUUUGCUGGACUCAUUCCUCGGUGCAACCGUGCAGUAUUCAGGAUACGAUGAAUCCAUUGGGAAAGUUGUGAGUUACGAGUCACCAAGUGUUAAACGAAUAUGUGGGAAACCCAUCCUGGAUAACAACGGAGUGAAUCUGUUUUCUUCCGUCCUCAUAGCACUGUUCCUGCCUGGGUUUGCUUGGAUAUUCUGGCCUAGGCUCUGAGUCAUGUGAUUUUAUUGGGCGCAUGUCAGUUUAUGCAAAAAACAACAAAAAAACAAAAAACAUUAUAAUACAGUGACUUCUUAAGAAUUUAAUAAAGUACAAUGUGAACUCUCAA